AUGCGCAUCGUCUCGAGCACCUGGCUCUUCGCCGCCACGGCCCAGGCAUCUCUCUCCUCCAUCGCCCCCCUGCGCUGCAGCGACGGCCUCCUCGCCACGCCGUCGUACAACCUUACGCGCGCGCUCUUCACCGUGUGCGCCGAAGUGAUAAUCGACGCCCCCAUCCAGGCAAUCUACGACACGGUCAUUGACUUUGGCCGGUACAGCGAGUGGAACACCUUUGUUGUCGAGGCUGUCCCCCCGCCCAACGUCCAAGGCCCUGAGGACGUCUACCUCGAGAUGCCAGUCAAGUUUACCAGCGCCGGCAUCAUCCCGCUGUUCAAUGCGUCUUCCAACGAAGUCGUCUCUGUGCUUGCGCCGGAUGUCGAGGAUGACGACGGCCUAGGUCGCGUCCGAGCGGUGUCCGCGUGGAGGUACGACGACGGAUUGAACGGCUAUGGGUUGCUGGCAGAGCACCCGAAUCUUCUGACGGAUCUGGGGAACGGGUCAGUGCGGAUGGUGUCGUACGAGACGUUUUACCUUCCUGGAGCGGCGCUGCUUUUGUUAUCAAAGGGCACUCUGCGAGAGAGAUUUGACACUCAGGCCACGGAUCUGAAGAGGUACUUGGAGGGAGGCUUGUAA